AAACUUUCUCAUUAACUAUGCACCUCCUCUAUAUAUCAGCUAUAAAAAUGGUAAUUUGUGACCAAUGCAUUUCUGACUCAACUACAUCAUGAAUAUUAUUUAAUUUCAUUUAUACUGUAGUUACAAAAAGAAUGGACUAGAUUCAAACUGCCUUGAAAUUCACGACUUGAUCCCACCCUUUGCUAGGUAAACUUGGUUUGUUUUGGUAGCAGCAACGUUAUCUCAUGGAUUCCCUGGAGCCUGGGAACCACACUGCAGUGACAGACUUCAUUUUACUGGGCUUAACUGCUGACCCAGUCCUUCGAGUCAUCCUCUUUGUGAUUAUCCUGUGUAUCUACCUGAUGACUGUAUCUGGCAAUCUCAGCACAAUCAUUCUUAUCAGAACCUCUUCUCAGCUCCAUCAUCCUAUGUACUUUUUUCUGAGCCACUUGGCUUUUGCUGACAUGUGCUUUUCAACUUCUGUCACACCCAAUAUGCUUGAAAACUUCCUGAUGCAGGGAAAUCCAAUCUCCUUUCAUGGAUGUGGCAUGCAGCUUGGUUCAACUGCUGUCUUUGGGACAGUUGAGUGCUUCCUUCUGGCUACAAUGGCAUAUGAUCGCUUUGUGGCAAUCUGCAACCCACUGCUUUAUUCAACCAAAAUGUCCACACAAGUCUGUGUUCAGUUCAUCAUAGUGGCUUACAUGGGUGGUUUUCUCAAUGCUUCCUCCUUUAUUAUCUGCUUCUAUUUUUUAUUCUUCUGUGGACCAAAUCAAAUCAAUCAUUUUUUCUGUGAUUUUGCUCCUCUAGUAGAAAUCUCCUGUUCUGAGAUCAACAUUCUUGUAGUUGUCCCCUCAUUCACAUCUGGCUCCAUCAUUGUGGUCACAGUGUUUGCCAUACUUGUGUCCUACAUCCACAUUCUCAUCACCAUACUGAAGAUGAACUCCAAUGAGGGGCGCCACAAGGCCUUCUCCACCUGCACUGCCCACCUCACAGUGGUCACCCUAUUCUAUGGGACCAUCACAUUCAUAUAUGUGAUGCCCAAGUCCACCUUCUCAACUGACCAGAACAAGGUGGUGUCUGUAUUCUACACAGUGGUGAUUCCUAUGCUGAACCCCAUCAUCUACAGCCUCCAGAACAAGGAAAUUAAGGGGGCUCUCAAAAGAGUGCUUCGCAAAAAACCAUUUUCUUACUGAGACCUGUUAUUUUGAUAUGAUAAUAUAUCAUAAGUAUAACAACAAAAGGAAUUUAAGUAUCUGUAUUCAAAAUAUAUUUAUCUAUAUGGAAUUAACCAAUGUGGAGCUUUUUGUGAGGAUAGGAGGUGAAUUUUCUGGUGUCAAUAAUGUGGGUGGCCCUCAUCCAAUCAGUUAAAAUGAUUAAAAACAAGACAAAACAAAUGGAGGUCCCUGAUAAAACACCAGUUCUGCGUUGUGGUGUCUCAGAACUCAACACUGUGACAACAAUUCUUACUGGAAUUUUUAUUCUGUGGACUGCAUUUGGUUUUGGAACUACUACCUCCACAGUUGUCUGAGCUAAUUCCUU